AUGUUUGCGGAAGAAAUUAUGACUACAACUGAAUCUGAUAGGGUGCACGUCACUUUGAAAGACAUACUUGGUAGUUCCUCAGACAACAACCCUGAGGCUGGAGAUGAGGCUGGCAACCAGCAAAAUAACACAUCUGCACAGGCUGCAACAACACACAAUACAGAAGACACGGUCACUCUGUCGAGGAGGACUCUGAACAUUUCAGCUACGAUCAUCGCCAUCAUUAUUCUCGGUCUCUUUGGUGGAGUUGUUAUCACUGCUUAUAGAUUAAUGGAAGUGAGUGAGCAGCUUUACUCAGGAUUAUCAGAUAUUUCUAAGGAGUUUCUAAGCUUGUCAAGGAAAGAAGGCAUUGUUCCAGAGGAAGUGUGGAGUUGGAUUGUAGCAGCUAAAGCUGAUAUGACUCUUAACCCUCAUUCGGCUCACUAUCUCCUCAAAGUGAGCAAUGAUGGUAAAAGUCUCUACCAAGCAUCAUUUAGCAGUCCUCCCCGUGUCCCGACGGACGAGACAUACCUGGUGUGUAUCUGUGUUUCGUCCAAGAACCUGUUGAACACCAGGUCUUAUUAUGAGCUGAAGGUGACGCAGAGUGUGCCGUGGACUCUGGGUCUACGCACUGAGUCUUUGAUGCAGAUAGCACCCCUGAUACACAUCCUGCUGGUGGCAUUUGGACCAUCGCCUCAACAGGGGGUAAAAUAAUAAUCAACGAUAAUAAAGUCACUCCGACACUACACGUCACUCCGGCUAGACUUGGUCUGUAUUUGGACUACGCAAGAGGUCAAGUGUCCUUCUACGAUUCAGUGGUUAAACGUCACCUACACACUUAUCUUACCACCUUUAAAGAAAAACUUCAUUUCUAUGCAUCUGUUCAAGUUCAGAUGGAGGAAACCCAAGAGUGGCUCUUUACAUUUGUUUGAGUAGGUCAGUUUAAUGAGCUAUUAAUGUGCCUUCAAAGCAGCUUUAUUGCUUUUAAUGUGUUUUCAAACUCAUUUUGAACUUCUAUUAUUGAAAAUAGCCCCAAAAAAUCUGUACAUCAACCUGCAAAAUACAACUCAUAAUCUAUUAGCGUGUAAAGGGCAGGAAAUGAUCAGUCUCUCUCUCUCUCUCUCUCUCUCUCUCUCUCUCUCUCUCUUUAUGAGUGAUGGUUUCCCUUGUGGAAAGUGACUAUUUGAUAUGCCUCCCUGUUUGUAUAAAUAUUGUAGGAUGUUUUAAAGUUAGUGUGUAUUAUAUCCUUUAAAUGUUAUAAAAUGUUUGUGGGCACAGGCACAUUCAACAAUCAUAUCGUCUCACCUGUUCUGUUCUGAAAAUAUAAUUGAAGAUGAGAUUUUAAAUACUGUAAGAGGUUUAAUUAAUACUCCCACACCGAAACAGGCGAGCAGCUGGAAGUAAACUGGGAAGUUCACACUGUUCCUUGUCAUUCUAAAGAACUUAAUGUGUUUUGAAUGUUCAGUGCAGAACAUUUGCAAUAAAAAAUAUAUUGUACUAUA